AUGGCUGCCCCGCGAUGUUUCAUAUUCCUGAUCUCUCUUGCGAUCAUAAUAUUUAUUUUUACCAUCUGCCAAAGUUUCGUCAAUAGAAAUUCCCGAAUAGAAGACCGUAACAAAACACUGAGAUACGAACCCACUGCACUGAGUAUCGAACAGAUGCGAUAUCUUUCGGGACUUUCGGAUCCAGAAGACCUUCGCAAAACUGUGCAAAGCAUUUCGGUUAAGAGGGUGGUCGGUACUCCAGGGCAUUCGGCCGUUAGGAAAUUUAUUAUAGAGUACCUAAAGAAGCUCUACUGGAAGGUGGAGCUGGACUCUUUCACGGAGAAGGUGCCGCUCUUGGGGUCCGUGACCUUCCACAACAUAAUGGCGCGGCACAAUCCCAUGGCCAAAAGAUACCUAAUGCUGGGCUGCCAUUAUGACAGCAAGUAUUUCAGAGAAUUUGAUUUUCUAGCAGCUACAGAUUCAGCGGUUCCUUGUGCACUAAUGCUGAAUAUGGCCAAAGUUUUGAAGGACCAGCUUCGUCGAUCUGAGAUCAGUUUAAUGCUGGUCUUCUUCGACGGCGAGGAGGCAUUCGAGAAUUGGUCAGACAAGGACUCUCUAUAUGGGUCCCGGCACUUGGCGGAUCUGUGGGAGAAGCGAGGCUUCCUGGACAACAUUGAUCUCUUCGUGUUACUGGACCUAAUCGGAGCUAGGGAUAUAAUCUUCAAAAAUAACAUUCCGAGUACUUCCAAUUGGUUCCAAAGGUUUGUUCAGCUGGAGAAGGAACUUAUCAAGACGGGAAUUCUGCGAACAGAGCGGCCCAUUUAUAAACUGGAUGCUAGCAGGGAUAACGAAGAUGACCACCUGCCUUUCAUGCGGCGCCAGGUUCCAGUAAUCCAUCUAAUAUCCGGGAAGUAUCCAGCGGUAUGGCACCUAGCCGAAGAUGUGGAGCAGAAGGUCGACUACAACACCACGGAGCAAGUGGGUCUUGUUCUGCGAAUGUUCGCAAUUGAGUACCUCAACUCAGCGCCAUUGCAAUCCUUUGGCUCAGCAAAGGCUGUUUACUAGUAUUAGAAAUUAUCUUGUAUUAUUUAAGGAUCAUAUCAUGUUGGGGAUAGUACAAAAGUCGAUAAAAACAAUCUUUCCUAACAUAAAUAUACUAUAUAAUAUACAUACAUUUCCUCAAAACAAAAUAAGAUAUAAGGAAUUAUUUGGAUUGUCUUAAUAAAGUGUCUUUCCUGUUAGCUUAGUGUGUGAUUUCCUCAUCUUUUGUUCAACAAAUAAACAGAUCAAAACUGGACUAGAACAUUUUUAUAAAAA